AUGGAUCUCCAGAAGGAACUCUCUACCGACUCCGGUGCUGGAACUCUCAUCCGCCGAGGAGACAACGUCCGUAAGGUUUCUUCUCUCAGUGAGAUCGAGGACGCCUUUGCUUCCAUCAAGAAGGAUCACCCCAGCCUGGCCUGGACUGUCAGCGAGGAGGACGAGAACCUGACUUGGUUUUCCGAGAAGGCUGAUGGUUCCUUCAACAGGAACGGAAACGUCCUGUUCUACUACGGAUGCGAUCUCCUCUCUGAGGCUCUCAUUCCCGUUUUUGAGGACUUCAAGGCUUGGUGA